AUGGUCCAUGAUGAGAUGAAGAAAGCACAAGGUCGCCAAAAGAGCUAUGCGGAUCACAGGAGAAGACCAUUGGAAUUUGAUGAAGGUGACCAUGUAUUUUUGAAGGUGACUCCGAGGUUGAGACUGAAAGGACCGUUUAAGUCAUGGAAGCUAAGUCCGAGAAACAUAGGGUCAUACCAGAUUAUAGAGAGGAUUGGAGAAGUAGCCUACAUAUUAGCUUUACCACCUUCUCUAUCAGAAAUGCAUGAUAUUUUUCACGUAUCUCAACUCCGGAAGUCCAUUCCAGACUCUCUUCAGCCUAUUCUUCCAAAUUCAAUAGAAGUAGAAGCAGAUCUAACUUUCGAACCUCUACGAAGUCGCAUUUCAGAACGAGAAGUUAAGGUAUUAAGGAAUAAGGAGAUUUCUCUCGUUAAGGUUGAGUGGGAUGAAUCACAUCCGGGUGAUUCUACCUGGGAACUGGAGACAAAAAUGCGAGAAGCUUACCCUCAUCUCUUCCAGUUUUUAGGUGGUGUAGCACCUCUAAUUUCUUGCAAAAAGGGAAGACAUGGCAACAAGGACAAAAGAGCCUCGAGGCAUUAUGCGUUAAUUUAUAGGUAUGGCACUAUAUCAUUGUAG